AUGACGCCCGAUGAGCUUGAAUUCCAUGAGUACUUUAUCGAGCCGUGCCUGCCUCAGGUUAAGAACAGUCUGCGGCCGGCCAGCCAAUGUGCUAGAAAUUUCACCGCCAAUCAACCCGUCUACUCCCGACUGCUCGCCCAGGAAGUCGACCCCUACGCGAAGUCCCGGCUCAUCCACCAGCUCUACCAGAUUGAAGAUGACCCAGAAUACGCGGCCCAGCUCGCCGAUCUGCUGUACGGACACUCGGGCGAUUGGCAGCCGUCUACUCGAGUUUCUGGAGCACCACGGACCGGAGAUCUACGAAAAGCUCGGCCAGCACCGUGGGCUCUACAAGAACUUCUACGAGUCGCUGGUCCCCGCCGCGACAAAUUCGGAGGAAAUGAUGCAGGUCCACCGAAUCCGCGAAAAUUCCCCGGAUGCGUCGCUGAAAAUGGCGGCGUUUUGGACGAGUCGCCUGGGGCAGCACACGCUUGGGCAAUGGAGAAAUUGAAGGAACCUCCACCCUCAUGCCGUGCACUCCCAACAGUCAACGUCGUUCUA